AUGAAUUAAGAUGAAGUAAAGAGUCAAAUAUAAGAUUUGAUGGCAAUGGUAAGAUAGUUGAAGGAGAAGAUUUAAAAUUUAGAUAUUCCUGAAUUAGGAAAUCAAGCAAGUUAUAAUAAAAACACUGAUUUGAUAGAAGGUUCAAAAUAACAGCUACAUCAUAUAAUAACUUAAUAUUUUAAAGAUAUACAAAAUAUCUAUAUAUACUUGAGUAGAUUUUAUCCAACAACAGCAUUAAAAUGUAUGUGAUAUAGAUAUAUAAAAGAAUAUAUGAAAUAAGAGAUUGAAAGUAUAUUUGCUUAAUUGUCAGAAUACAAGAAGAAAAUGAAUGAUAAACAAUUUUCUUAAAUAGAUUAUGAAGAUUUUUAGGCAGCAAAUUAUCCUGCAAAGAAAGAUGAUAUAUAAUAGGAAUGCAUGUAAAUUUAGAGUGAAAGUUAUCCAAAUCAUACAAGUGAAUGUAUGCCUAAUAUAAAAAUUCAAAAUAGAAUAACAGAAAGUUUAUAUUUUGGUUUAAAUUAAUAUGCUUCAGUAUAUUGGCCAAGUAAGAAAGGAAAGACACAAAAUGUUUAUAUAAAUAAAGCAAAUUAUUUCUUAGAAAGUUCAAUGUAAAUAAUUUAAUAUUAUUUAUAAGAUGUAUACCAUACGUUUAAGAUAAUAAACUAUAUGGAUAUGAUUAUAAUUCAUAAAAGAUCUAUGAAACAUAAUUGAAUGAAUAGAUAGCAGAUCAGAGUUCAAUGUUAAAUUUACCAAAUGGUAAUUUAUUCAUAAGUGGAGGAGUGAAUGCGUAAGGUUAGAUAUUAGGAGAAUGCAGAUUAAUUGAUAUUUAAAAAGGAAUUGUACAAAAGAUACAAGAAAUGUUGGUUAAAAGAGUUGGACAUACAUUAGUAUAUAUAUAACCAAAUACAUUUUGGUCAGAUGCACCAAAAGGUUAUAUUUAUGCAAUAGGAGGAAGAACACAUAAUAAUUAUAGAACUAAAUUAUGUGAAAGAUUCAAUAUAGAAACUUAAUAAUGGGAAGAGAUAUCAAAAUUAAAUGAAGCUAGAUCAAGAUCUUCAUGUGCUUAUUGUGAAGAAAUGCAUAGUAUAUUUGUAUUUUUUGGAACAUCAAGUUUAUAAUUAAAUGUUGUAAGUGCAGAAAGAUAUGAUUUAUUAUCAAAGAAAUGGGAAAGAUUAAUUAUUAAUAAUUAAUUAGAAGGAUUUGAUGUAAGUUGGGGAAAUGCUAUAUGUAUUAAUGAAGAUUAAAUACUACUCUUUGGAGGAUUAAAAGAUAGCUAAUAUUUUGAGAAUAAUCUUUAUUUCAGUAAAAAAAUAUUAGUUUAUAAUAUCUAAAAUGAAAGGUAUAUUAUAUAAUAUAAUAAUUAAAAAGUAUUACAGUAAAUGAUAGUCAAUUACCAGUUGAUUUAUUACCAUUAACUUCAAUUAUUCAUUAAAACAAAGUAUAUAGUGUUGGUAAAUAUAUGAGUUGUGUUUAAUUACCACCUCAUUAAAGUUUGGGAGAAGGAGCAUUUCUAGUAGAAAUUGGAGAUGUUAAUUCAAUUAGUUGCUUUUUUGGAUGA